GUAAGAUGGCGCCUUUGCUUUGUCUCCAGUGAACAGGGUUGCUUCAAUAGUCUAUAUAUAUUUUCUAAAAAUACUAACUAAUGGGAAUUAACAGUGUUGCAUCUCCGGGACGACGUGCCAGGAACUACACGUGUCUCAGUCGUUGAAGAAAUGACGACAGAGUACAGUAAAAUGAGUAUGGCCUCAGCUGAAUCUACAGACCAAGUGAUGGAGGAGGAAGUAGGUCAACAUCAGAUUACAGACCAAGUGAUGGAGGAGCCUGGGAGCUCAGAGACCGAGAGACCCUCCCCUUCUCACACCAAGAGGAAGCCUGCUGUCGCAGCCAAGCACACCGGAGGGAAUGAGUCUGCCACCUCGAAUGAGAGUGGACAGGAAGAUGGCGCCUCUGACAACCCCUCAGAUGGGAUGUUGGUGGUGCGGCCUCCUCCCGCUAGGACUGACAAUAAGGAGGACAAGAGCAGAGGAGCCAUGAAGCUCCGAGUGGACCUCUCACGGAAAAAGACAGAUACCACUCUGCAGGAGCGAAUAGACUGCACCGCCUGUGGACAGCAGGUCAACCACUUCCAGCGCCACUCGGUGUUUGAGCACCCCAUGCUCCAUGUGCUCCUCUGCAAGUCGUGCUAUAAGUAUUACACCAGCGAUGACAUCAAUAAAGACGAGGACGGCAUGGACGAACAGUGCAGGUGGUGUGCUGAAGGUGGCAACCUGAUCUGCUGUGACUACUGCCACAACGCCUUCUGUAAGAAGUGCAUCCUGCGUAACCUGGGGCGCAAGGAGCUGUCCAUGAUCACCGACGAGAACAGUAAAUGGUCCUGCUAUAUCUGCAGCCCCCAGCCCCUCGCCGACAUCGCCUCCAACUGCUCCAACAUCAUGACCAAGCUGGAGAGCUUCUGGCGCACGGGACGCAAGAAAGAGAGGGAGGAGAAGGAGAGGAAGGAGGUGAAAGGGCACAGUAAGGGUAAAGGUCACCACCACCAUGGUAAAGCUGUGGUGAACGGUAAGGAGCAUUCAGACGGGUCAGGGACCCUCACCUUCUCCUAUAAGACUCUGAAGGUCCCCAAGGAGCUGGUGAAGAGGACCAAGAAGCUGAUUGAGACAACCACAGGGCUCAACAACACCUUCAUCCAGUUCAUCCAGCAGGCUGAGGAGGAGCAGGGAGCAGGAGGAGGCGGCAGCGGGACCAGACACAGACACCUCAAGGCCUUCAGGUCUGUUCUGGCUGAUCUGAAGAAGGCCCAUGCUGCCCUGGAGGAGGACCUGGAGUCACAGUUCACUUCCCAGGACCAGGGGAUGCAGAACGGGGAUGCUGUCUCCAACACUGACGGCCAUGACGGCCACGAUCAGAUGGACAACAUGGUUGAGGAUGGGCAGGAGGCAGAAGAGGACAAAAUGGCCGACACUGAGGAUGGGGAGGAGGAGGGGGAGGAUGGGGGCGUGUCAGAGGACACAGAGAUGGAGGGGAGCCCCACCCCCAAGCCUCAGGACCACUCAGAGACAGACAGCCAGGCCAAAGACCAGACAGCGGUGAAAGUGGAGGAGGAGGAGGAGGAGGAGGAGGAGGAGGAGGAGGGUGACCGGGAUAAAGACAUUGUGUCCGUCGGGCCGUCCGUCCCAGACGAGCUCUUCCAGAUGGUCGAGAGUCUGGCGGACUCCACAGGGUUAACGCCCGGUAACGACGCCACGGAACCCACAGCGGCUUGCCAAUCAGAGAGCCCUGCCGCUGGCUCAACCAGGAAGUCACAUGACACCCAGAAGGAGAAGGCCAUGCCCAAGGUGAAGAACCUGAUCGUGAAGCUGACGCCCGUUCCCGUGGUUACCACACGCACCUCCAGGUCUAAGAGCAAGGAUAAGGAUGGAGGGAAGGAGAAAGAGAGGAGUAAGAAGGUGGAGGGAGGUGGGGGCUCUGAGGAGGACAGCCGACGCUCCAGCCGCACAAAGACCACACCCCUCAGGAAGUCACCGGAGGGGAAGAACAAGAUGUCCGCCUCCUCUCAGGAGAAGUGCGACUCAGAGGGAGAGGAGAAGAGCCCCAGCAAGCUGAAGAGGAGAACCAAGGGCAGCUCCUCCAAGGGGAAGGAACGGAAAGAGAGCAAGGCCUCCUCCAAGGCCUCCUCCAAGGCCUCCUCCAAGGUGACCUCUGACUCUUCUAAACAGGACGUGGACUCGGAUUCUGACGAGGUUCCAGACAUCCUGGUCCAGACUGCAGCGGCGGAACACAGCUCGGACGAGGAUGUGCAGCAGGAAGCCAACGGUAACCAGGGCAACAGGAGCGUCAAGAAGUGCCUGUUCAAACUGCGCAAGAAAGACGGGGGGGAGGUAGAGGAGGAGGAGGGAGAGGAGGAGGAGGAGGAGGGAGAGAAUGACAAGGAGAAGACCGACAAGAAGCCGGCGGCCAAACGCAAACUGAAAGCCGAAGACUCCGACAACUCAGAGUCUGACUCGGACGAAGACGCUAAGAAGAAGAAAAAGAAGUCCUCCACGGCUUCUGCCAAAAAUACAUCCAAGAAGAAGAAGAAGCAGAAGGGCUCGGACGGCUCCUCUGACUCCGACUCUGACCUGGAGAAGGAGAUGAAGACACUCAGCAAACCGGGGAAACGGAGGAGCAGCCGUGUAAAGAAGGAAAGGGAGGAGGAGGAGAACAAGGGCAGGGAUCGGAAGCGGUCGUACGAGCUGAAACGCAAAGCCAGAGGUAGAGGAGCCAAGCAGCAAGAUUCAUCGUCUGAUGUGGAGGAGGAGGAGGAGGAGGAGGGAGGAGGGUCUGGAGAGGAGAGUGCAGACCAGCAGAAGAUUAAACCCAUCGUGGAGGAGACAUUGGUAGCGGGGAGGGGAACCUUCCAUCAGUCCUCGGGAGAUGAAGGUAACCAUGACGCUUCUCAGAUGGCUGACGAUGAUGAGGAUCCAGAGAACAGAAUUGCCAAGAAGAUGCUGCUGGCCCAGAUAAAGGCCAGCUACUCCUCAGGAGCAGAGGAGAGCGAGGACGAGGACGAGGACGGAGAAGAGAAGGAACAGGAGAAGGAGAAGGGAGGAGAGGAGGAUGGAGAGGAGCAGGAGGAGGAUGAUGAUGAUGAUGAUGAUGAUGGGGACUCUGGCUCUGACGUGGACGUGAAGAAGGGUGGGGGGCGUCGCCACCGGCUGCUCCGCCACAAACUGACGCUGAGUGAGGGAGAGUCAGGAGAGGAGAAAGAGAAACCAGCCAGCAGGAAGAAGAAGAAGGAGACCAAGAGGACCAGACAGAAAGGGGGUAGUGACGACUCAGCAGACUCAGACUUCGAGGAGUCAGCUAGCAGCAGUGAGUCAGGAGUGAGUGAGGAGAUCAGUGAGAAGGAGGAGGAGGAGGAGUCUGAGGAGGAGUCACAGGAGGAGGGCAGCAGCCGCAAGAGGACCACACGCUCCUCCAAGAAUAAGAAGAAGAAGAAGGAGGAGAGGAGCUACGCCCAGAAGAAGAAACGCCGCCGCAUCAAGGUCCAGGACUCUUCGUCCGACGAGAAGAGCGGGUCAGGAGAGGACGGCUCGGGGAAGGAGGACGGAGACUCUCCUAAAGGACAGAGGAAGAAGAUCAGAAAGAUCCUCAAGGACGACAAGCUGAGGACUGAAACCAGGGACGCCCUUAAGGAGGAGGAGGAGAGGAGGAGGCGCAUCGCGGAGAGGGAGCAGCUCAGGGAGAAACUCAGAGAGGUACUCGUGGUGGAGGAGGCGUCCGCCGUGGCUUGUCCAAUCACAACCAAGCUGGUGCUGGAUGAAGACGAGGAGACCAAGGAGCCCAUGGUGCAGGUCCACCGCAACCUGGUCACCAAGCUCAAACCACACCAGGUCGACGGGGUCCAGUUCAUGUGGGACUGCUGUUGUGAAUCGGUGAAGAAAACCAAGAAGAACUCUGGUUCUGGAUGUAUCCUGGCUCACUGUAUGGGCCUGGGCAAAACACUGCAGGUGGUGGCCCUACUCCACACACUACUGCUGUGUGACAAGUUGGACUUCUCCACGGCUCUGAUCGUCUGUCCUCUCAACACUGUUCUCAACUGGCUCAAUGAGUUUGAGAAGUGGCAGUACGGCUUCAAGGACGAGGAGAGUUUAGAGGUGACGGAGCUGGCCACAGUAAAGCGUCCCCAGGAGAGGGCGUGUGCUCUGCAGCAGUGGCAGGAGGAUGGGGGCAUCAUGAUCAUUGGCUAUGAGAUGUACCGGAACCUCACACAGGGAAGAAACAUCAAGAGCAAGAAACUCAAAGAGACCUUCCAGAAGACCCUGGUCGACCCAGGCCCAGACUUUGUGAUCUGUGAUGAGGGCCACAUCUUGAAGAACGAGGCGUCGGCCGUCUCUAAAGCCAUGAACUCCAUCAGGACCCGACGGAGAGUGGUGCUCACCGGCACCCCGCUGCAGAACAACCUCAUAGAGUACCACUGCAUGGUGAACUUCAUCAAGGAGAACCUGCUGGGGUCCGUGAAGGAGUUUAGGAACCGUUUCGUCAACCCCAUCCAGAACGGACAGGCAGCGGACUCCACAGACCAGGAUGUACGCAUCAUGAAGAAGAGGGCUCACAUCCUCUACGAGAUGCUCAAUGGAUGUGUGCAGAGAAGAGACUACUCUGCCCUGACCAAGUUCCUGCCUCCUAAACAUGAGUACGUUGUGUCUGUCAGAGUCACGCCCAUCCAGUGUACUCUGUACCGACACUACCUGGAGCACUUAACAGGUGCGGGGAACGUGGUGGAGGGGGGUCGGGGCCGAGCCGGGACCAAACUCUUCCAGGACUUCCAGAUGCUCAGCAGAAUCUGGACCCAUCCCUGGUGUCUCCAGCUGGACUACAUCAGCAAGGAAAACAAGGGGUACUUUGAUGAGGACAGCAUGGAAGAGUUCAUCGCCUCGGAGACCGAGGAGUCUUCUAUGAGCAUGACCUCUGAGGACGAGAAACAGAAAAAGAAGAAGAAGCGGGGGAAAGCUAAGAAGAAGAACAGUGACUCGGACAGUGAUGCUCUGGAGGUGAUAAAGGAAUGGAACACCAGCUCCAGAGGAGGAGACCCAUCCAGCCGCAACCGGGCCGAGCCAGAGGAGGAAGUGCGUCCAGCCUCCAGCCCUGGCACCAGGAGUCAUGACUGGCACAAGGAGUUUGUCACGGAGGCCGACUCUGAGAUCCUGGAGCAUUCUGGGAAGAUGGUGCUGCUGUUUGAGAUCCUCCGUAUGGCCGAGGAGGUGGAAGACAAAGUUCUGGUCUUCAGUCAGUCUCUGAUCUCUCUGGACCUGAUUGAAGACUUCCUGGAGCUGGCUGGCCGAGCCAACGAGGAGGAAAAACCCUUUCCAUACAAAGGUGAGGGGAAGUGGUUCCGGAACAUAGACUACUACCGUUUGGACGGCUCCACCAACGCCCUGAACCGGAAGAAGUGGGCAGAGGAGUUCAAUGACACCAGCAACGUCCGUGGUCGGUUGUUCCUGAUCUCGACCAAGGCUGGUUCUCUGGGUAUCAACCUGAUAGGAUCUAACCGUGUCAUCAUAUUCGACGCGUCUUGGAACCCGUCGUACGACAUCCAGAGCAUCUUCAGGAUCUACCGCUUCGGACAGCUCAAGACUUGCUACGUCUACCGAUUCCUGGCUCAGGGUACAAUGGAAGAGAAGAUCUACGACCGCCAGGUGGCUAAACAGUCUCUGUCCUCCAGAGUGGUGGAUCAACAGCAAAUAGAGAGACACUUCACCAUGAAUGAGCUGACAGAGCUCUACGCCUUUGAACCUGACCUUCUGGAUGAUCCCACUGGCAAGAAGAGCAAGAGGACCACUCCCAUGCUGCCAAAGGACCCCUUCCUAGCUGAGCUGCUCCACAGCAAUAAGGAGCAGAUAGUGGGCUAUCAUGAACACGACUCCCUGCUGGAUCACAAGGAAGAGGAGGCUCUCAGCGAGGAGGACCGCAAAGCAGCGUGGGCCGAGUACGAGGCGGAGAAGAAGGGUCUGUCUAUGCGUGUGAACCAUGGAGCGUACGGAGGACAGAUGGACAUGGGAGGAGCUAACAGCUACUUCCCCUUCAACGUGGCCGCACUGGCCUCUAUGUCCAACCCCAGCUGGAGUAUCGAUUUGAUCAACGAGGGCCGUCAGAAGGUGAUGGAGGCCACCAACGCUCUCAAGUUCCUCCCCAGAGAAUCUCUAGAGGACACCAUCGGGAGAGUGUGGAAGGAGAACCCAGCCCUGACGGAGGCCCAGGUCCAGUCCAUGGCUCUGGGGAGACAGGCCACUGUAGAGAUGGAGCUCAAACAUAGAGAAGCUGUCUACAGAGACGUCCUCAAUAAGCAACAGACCCUGAUGAUGUACGUUCAGAAGGUGAUCACCAACAGGAAGGUGAGGGAGCAACAGAUCGCCAUGGCCAACCAGGCCCAGCUGAUGAGCCAGAUGAACGGCAUGCUGGGAGCUGGAGGCAUGAGCCAGAUGGAUCUCUUGGGGUUGUACCAACAGAUGGGGGCGUUACAGGGUCUACCCACCCACCCCUCCAUGGGCGGCAAGAACCCCGGCCCCUCCAAGGGCAACCUGUAGGGGGGGAUGGGGACCCAGGGCCUGCUCCAGAUUGUACCCUAUUUAUUCCCUACAUAGUGCACUAUCCAUAUUGGCUCUGUUCAAAAGUAGUGCACUAUGUAGGGAAUAGUGUAUCAUUUGGGACUCAGACCUACUCACUGUCUCACUCAGUAGGCUGCUCCGUCUCCUAUGUAGUGCGCUAGAUGGACCCGGAGCCCUGGGGUUUUGGUUAGAUGUAGUGCACUAGGUAGGGGAUAGGGUGUGAUCUGGGACGUAGCCGCUGUCUACAACCCUUCUUCCCUGGGGAGGGGAGAGACGGCACAGAGAAGACUGGUCUCAGAUCCCUCAUCACUCUCUCCUGUCUCCUGAAGGAGCAGAGCAGAAAGCAGGGAGUGACAUCAUGUAUAGGGACUGUAUGAUGGGGGUUUAGCUAUUUCAUUUGAAAUUCUGUAUAUACCGCCUUAAUGUUAUUCAAGUUCUCUUCUGUCUUUAGUUUUCAUGUAUUUAAAAGAGCGUAAGUAAAGGGAAAACGUUUUUGCCCCAAAUGCUUUUAAGCAUUGUGUUAUUCUUUCCCCUUAAAGGAGGGUUGAAUUCAUUAAUUGAUUAUUCUGUAAGUUGUGUUUUGAUACAGUUUUAAUGAAUGCAUGUCUAUCUAAAUAAACACCAGAUUGGGACCAUAGUUCUGACUAACUGAUGACAGGACUGUUUUAGGAUAUUAAACAUCUAGAAGAUUAGAUCCCCUGUAGAACCCUCCCUCCACCAAGACAGGCAGGCAGACAGGCAGACAGGCAGACAGAUAGACAGGCAGGCAGACAGGCAGACAGAUAGGCAGACAGGCAGCCGUGCUGGUCUUUUGAGAGAUUCUGAUGCGUAGCCAUGACAAGAAAAAAACAUCCAAAUAAAAAUGAGGGCCUUAUUUCCAUUUCCUAACGUUUAGUGUGUAAAUGAGAUUUCAGAUAACAUGUAUUUUCUAUCUGCUUCUAGCCCUUAAUAUUUCCACUAUUCUAGCCCCCCCCCUCACUCGCUUCUUCAGGACUCUCUCUUUGUAAAGCUCAUGUUGUUGUCAAGUUGUUGCCGAGCUCCAUAUCAUGUUGUUGUCUUCCUGAUCCAACCCUGGUGGAGGACUGGCUAGAGGAGGUUGUUUUGGUAUGGGUGGCCCCAGCGGGAAUCAAACUCACUAUCUUGACGUUACAAGUGCCAGGAUCAACUGACCCACAAAGGACUAUGAAGUUUGACACUGUAGCUUUUAAAUCAGGACCCGAUCCUUUCAAAAAGUGUUUGCACCUUCUGAUUCUAAUUGAGAUUCCAGUGAUCCAUUCCUUAUCCAGACCUGGGUUAGUGUUGAGCAGCACCAGACCUGGGUUAGUGUUGAGCAGCACCAGACCUGGGUUAGUGUUGACCUGGGUUAGUGUUGAGCAGGACCAGACCUGGGUUAGUGUUGAGCAGCACCAGACCUGGGUUAGUGUUGAGCAGCACCUGACCUGGGUUAGUGUUGAGCAGCACCAGAAAGAAAACUGACAAACAGGGAGGGAUAUACCUGAAUUUGUACAAUAUGAAACGCUGGUUUACUUGUCCAUUGCUUUAAUGAACACAACCCAGGCCUAUCCUAGUUCUCUACCCAGGCUACCUGUUCUCUACUAUAGGAGGCACCCAGGCUACCUGUUCUCUACUAAGGCACAUGUUUCUGCUCCUAAAUAGAAGUUGAAGUGUUGUAGCUGUUGAGAGGAAGAGAUGACUGACCUGUAAAUUGUGUUUUGAUACAGUUUUAAUGUAUGCAUGUCUAUCGAAAGAAACACCAGAGUGGGACCUGAUUGACAGGAGACAGAUGAGGUGUAUUUCUGAAAUGUAGCUCUACUCUGCCGCUCUACCAAGAAUGUUCUUCUCAUGUUUAGCAAAUACACCAACUAGUUUUUUUUUUUGCCAUUCAUUGAUUAAUCUGAACCGCUACUAUCUUUAAGUAUUUAAUAUAACAUUUAAUAAAGUGACCAAAAGGGUGACCACC